AUGUCAAAUGCGCACAAGUGGGUGACGCUUUUGAGCGAGGACGGCUAUCGCUUUAUUGUCGAUCGCGAAUGGGCAAUGCUGAGUGGCACCAUCCGCACCAUGUUGUCAACAGACGAAGGGGGCUUCUUCGAAGCUGAGAGUGGCAUCUGCCAGCUCCAAAUCAGAGGCCAAGUGCUUGAAAAAGUCGUGGAAUACCUACAGUGGCAUGCGCGUUAUGCUCAGCAUGACCAGUACCCUAUCAAAGAAUUUGAACGCAAGAUUCCCCCUGAGCUAGCGCUGGAACUGCUCAUGGCAGCAGAUUUUCUUGAGUGUACGCUAUCGAAAGGCUACGCCUUUUUACAUACUGACACAAGCUUCAGUGUAGUUUGCAAAUGA